AUGUCUUUAUACGAUGCUGAUAUAUCAGAGACCAUUUGGAAUGGAAAGAUCCCCUUCAAAGUAACAUUGGAUCCUACUGAUAUUGACAUCUACGGCAGUGAAAAAGUCUGGGAUCCUAUCUACUUAGAAGUAUCGAGAUGUUCAUACCUACCUCUAGUCACAAAGCAUGUUCAGCAAUUACUAUCAAACCUUGGAAUGAAAGUUUCGGACGAAGUAUUUCAAUCUGCUUGGUACGAUCAUGAGCGACAACCGCUAAAAUGGCACUAUCCAGUUGGAUUGCUCUUUGAUUUGCAUGCUGCAGACCUAUCGAAAACAUGGAACCUGACGCUUCAUUUCAAAAACUUGCCUAGCGACUCCAUUCUGUUAAAGCCUACACCAGAGACAAUGCAAGAUAUGUUUAUGUCAAUGAUUAAAGAGGCAGACUUUCUUCGCAAUGGCAAUAUCAAAAAGGUCAUGAACUUAUCAAAACGCGAUACUGCGCAAUUAUGGGAUUCGCUGGCUUCAGAUCGAUAUGGCGAAUUUCGAGAAGUCAAUAGGCAGCUUGUAGAGUACACUGAUAGUUUGCGACAUAUACCACUUCGAGUCUAUUUACCUGAUAACUGUCCAGUUGUGCAGGAAUUGAUAUCGUUUUAUAACGAUUCGGAAAAAGAAAGCAUUCCUACGCUGGGGAAUAUUCUAGAGAAAACGAUACCAGAUUUGUUUGUAGCCUCAGAGCUUAAUGGAAGAGUGGCCAUUGUUGCGCAUAGUGUCGAUUUACCACUGGAUACUCCUAUCAAUUGGGCUUAUGAAAAUCUAUCAUAUGCUGACAAUUUCCUUCAUAUUGUGGUUGCGAGGAAGUCUUGA